UGAUUUCCUCAUUGACGCAUUGGUUUUUUAGUAGCAUGUUGUUUAGUAGGUUUUUUAGUAGCAUGUUGUUUAGUAGGUUUUUUCUCUUUCCUUUUCUAAAUUGGGAAAUUUUAGAUGUCACAUAGAAAAUGUAUUAGAUAAGUGAAAGUUGUGACUAUCCACUUCCAUUAUUGUGUAAUUUCCAAAUUAUUUACUGACAUCUCACUUGUCUUUGUGUAGUAUGUUGCUGUUUUCUAAAUUUAAAGCAACCUUCUUAUAAUGACUUUUAUAACUUUACUUCAUCUCAUCCUGGUUAUGGCCUAUAGAAUACAGAAGUAAGGUUUUUAGAAACUCCUAUGCACUUUUAUUGUGUAUUUAUGACUUAAUAUCCUGUCAUCAGUGUUUAUAAAAAUGAGGGUAUAUGUAAUAUAUAAAAGGGAAUAGGAAUUUGGGAAGCUGUUCCAAGUAUUAUUCAGUGUAAAUAUGAAUGAGCAACAUUUUUUGGUUUUUCUUGGAAUGAACAAAAAAUGGUUGCAAACAUAGUGAUAAAUAAUCAUUCUUGAUUUUAUUACUUGCCAAAUCUUUGAUUUUGGACAAGUUAUUUAACCUUUCAGAGUCUUGGGUUUUUCAACUUGAGUCAUUCAUCAUCAAAUAUGGUGAAACACGAUGAUGAUCCCAAAAUUUCCUCUUGGAGCUUACAGUUUGCAUUACUUCUAAAAAUUUAGCAAGCAUCAAAAUCACCUGCAGAAUUGAACAAAGCUGCAUGCUGCUCCUCAAUUUCUGAGGUGGGAGCCCAGAAUUUCCAUUUCUGGUAAGUUCUUAGGUGAUACUGGUGCUCCUGGUCCCAAACCAAACUCUGAGGACCACAUGUCCUCAUUAAUGAAAAGCUAUCAAAUUAGUCAAAGGUAUUAAUCAAAGGUGUCAAAUUCCCAGUGUGCUAACGAGUGUGGAGGGGAGGAGCCUGGUGCUACAAAAGGGCAGGUAAGCUUUGGGAGGUCAGGUGAGGCUUCCCUGACUAAGUAAGUGACUCUUGGGCUGAAGGUAGAGUUGAGAAUGGGUGGGUGAAGGAAGAGUGAGACUGAGAGUUAGAGGUCUGAGGAGGGAGCCUGGAGCUGUUUAGCUGUCAUAUCGAGAAUUAGGGAGAUGGGGGUUAUGAAAUAAAGCUGGAUGGGGUGUAGGGCCAGUACAGAGCCAUGCUAAGGAUUUUGUCCUUUAAACGAAGAGCAGUAGGAAAGCAUUAAUGUUUCUAAGGAGAGAUAGAGGGAGAAGGGAGUAGAAUGAAGUGGGAGGCAGUGAUGUUGAUAGGGAUGAAGUAGGCGCAGGUGGUUGUAGAAGUCUCAGUAGGGGUCAUAGAUAAAUAGGGAAACCUGGGAGAUGUUGGGAGACCACUGUAAGUUCAAGAAAACCAUCAGAACAGGGCAGACUUGCUUAAAUAGCGGAGGUGUGAGGCUUGCUUCAGGUCAUUGGGUGGGGGAUGGGAUGAGGCCUGCAUUCGGAUUCAGACCAAGGGCAAGAGUUUGAAGACAACCCUUCAGCUGAUUUGAAUACACACCUUACCAGACACUAAGGAGGCGCUACUACUCCCGGAAAUGAAGAGGCGGGUCUUUCCAACCCCCCCUCCCCCGCCCCCGCCCCUUGGAUGAUAAAACUGUGGCCCAUGGGAUCCUCUGUCAGAGCUUCCUUGCCUGCCUGCUGGCAUCUCCUCAAGCAUCGUAUCCUGGUAAAUGUGUUUCUUACCUAUCCCUUUGUCUCUUGCUGAAUUCCUUCUGCAUGGAGACAUAGAAGAACCUGAACCUUGGACAAAUCCCUUUAUCAUUGGACAUCGUGUUAAGAACAUGAAUGUUGGGAGAUAAGGUGAUGAUGUCAAAGUCCAGGUGAAAACUGAUGGUACCUUUUCAAAUAGGGUUAAUAAUACCCAAGGUUGUGAAGAUGAAGAAAUAAUGUACAUAAAAUGCUCAGUGCUGGCACAUGAGAAAAUCUGUGAUUGCAGUGAGCUUCAUAGCAGCGUUCCUCUUCCUGCUGGUUGUGCGCCUUGUAAAUGAAGCGAAUUUCCCAUUGCUACUAAACUGCUUUGGACAACCUGGUACAAAAUGGAUACCAUUCUCCUAUACGUACAGACGGCCCCUUCGCACUCACUAUGGAUACAUAAAUGUGAGGACGCAAGAGCCUUUGCAGCUGGACUGUAACCUUUGUGCCAUAGUGUCAAACUCAGGUCAGAUGGUUGGCCAGAAGGUGGGGAAUGAAAUAGACCAGUCCUCCUGCAUCUGGAGAAUGAACAACGCCCCCACCAAGGGCUACGAGGAAGAUGUUGGCCACAUGACGAGGAUCCGAGUCGUAUCCCAUACCAGUGUGCCUCUUCUGCUGAAAAACCCUGAUUAUUUUUUCAAGGAAGCAAACACUACUAUCUAUGUUAUUUGGGGCCCUUUCCGCAAUAUGAGGAAGGACGGCAACGGCAUUGUUUACAACAUGUUGAAAAAGACUGUCGACAUCUAUCCCCAUGCCCAAAUUUACGUGACCACAGAGAAGCGCAUGAGUUACUGCGAUGGCGUGUUCAAGAAGGAAACUGGGAAAGACAGAGUCCAGUCUGGCUCUUAUCUCAGCACCGGGUGGUUUACCUUCAUUCUGGCCAUGGAUGCCUGUUACGGCAUUCACGUCUACGGGAUGAUAAAUGACACCUAUUGCAAGACAGAAGGGUAUAGAAAAGUCCCCUACCAUUACUAUGAACAAGGAAGAGAUGAAUGUGAUGAAUAUUUCCUUCAUGAACAUGCCCCCUAUGGGGGGCAUAGGUUUAUCACUGAAAAGAAAGUGUUUGCUAAGUGGGCCAAGAAACACAGGAUAAUAUUUACACACCCAAACUGGACAGUGUCUUGAUGUUGGCUGUUCUGACCUUGCCACACCACUUGACAUGAUCAUGAUACUGCAACUGUGAUGCUGAUGAUGCUGAUGAUGCUGAUGAUAGAGACAGCAACAGCGAUGAUCGAGUUUCUGUACAUUCUCAGAUACGGAUGGUACUUUUAACCUGGGAUGCCAUUGGAAGGUGGUCGUGUUCAUUAUGUUCUUUCCGAAGGUUCAACAUUACAUACUGCACUUUAUAAUUUAACUGGAAUUGAAACAAAGGCCAGUAACAUGACAGCAAUGACCAGUGAAACAGAAAGAUUAUCCUUCAAGAAAGCUGCCCAGGAUUCUUGAACAGUGAGUAACUUCCAAAAGCCCUGGGGUUCGGCCUCAUGAGCCAAGGGAAUUGACUCUGCAGUCUCUCGAACCUGACCAGCUCCACCAUCUUGAAGAAUGGUUGAUUGUCAAACACUGACCCAAGAAAUGCACCCUGGGCACAGGGGUCUUGCCACAGGUACUGGUCAACCUGGGGGCAAGGGAGGGAUCUCUUCCUGACUCACCACCUUCCUGCAGUACCUCCUACAGCUAAAGCCUCAGGCCAUUUCCUAAUUAACGAGGAAGAGAUCAUGGACCUCUGACCCAUCAGGAUUACUGGACUCUCUCAAAUACGUCAUUCAAAAUGGGCCAACUGGCACAUCUUGAUGAAUUUCUACUCUCACCACACCAUUCUUACCGUCCUCCAAAAUAUAACUAAACAUGUUAAUAGAAUCAUCUGUAUUAAGGUUUAGUUAUUUUUGGUUGAGUCCUAAAUAUUUGAGAGCUAUUUAACAUGUAAGAUAUCAACACUGUAAUAACAUAUACUGUGAAAACAUUCUUAAAACAUAACCAAAAGGGUUUACUAACUCUGCUUCAACAUCCAACAACACAAAAUUGUAUGCUUUUUGAAAUCGUGAAACAGGGAGAGCAAAGCAUAUUUUUACAUCAAUUUAUAUCCCACCAUACUUCCCAAUAUAUAUUUGUAUAUUCAGAUUUCUAUUUUAUAGGCCCAAGAUGUGUCUCUCCAUACAUAACAUUAUCAUUGUCAAGUGCCAACUGUUAGACAUGGAGAGGAAAUGAUUCCUUGUGUUUAAUCUGACCAGAGCUUUUAUCUUCUUGGGGCUUAUUUUCCGUAGAGUGUAUCAGUUGUUAUAUGAUAACAAGAAUGACCUUGAUGUCCAGAGUGCUUUGCCAUGUGGAGUCCUUUCACAUAUGCUGUCCUAUGUGACUCUCAUGACCACCCCCCCCCGGCUGUUGCUUACGCAUUCUGACAUAUUAGCAGAUGACCUGUAAUUUGUAAACUACUCUGAUAUAUUCCAGAUCUCUCCCCUUGCUAAUAUUUGUAUAGAAUAGCAUUUGUGUAGACUAGUAACCCGUUGAUGUCAGUGCCAAAUACAAUAUAUUAUAUUAGGAUUAUGCAAAAAAUAAAAUAUCCCAAGGAUGGUCUUGGCCAUAGACUAGGACCCCUGCGAACAAAGGCAUUUUUGGGAUUUGUUUGUUUGUUUUCAUGGCUAUAUUUAAGUGGGGGAAGAAUGAGGAAGCAGGAACAACAGGAUGGAAUAAAAGCUGAGAAAUCCAGUUUCUUGUCCCCAUCUUAAGACGACUUCGUUCUCCGUGGACUCAUUGCACAUUAAAAGGUAGACGGUUGAUUUGCUGAGAGAAGCUGAGAGACCAAAAACAUCCUUGCCAAUGAUUCAGAAGACAAAAGUUGGGCUUAAUUUACAGCACGUUUUGGAGGCUGGACGUGACCAUGCAUUUCAUCUCAGGAGGUCUUUGCAGGACUUCGCACUGUGAAGUUCCAAGAUGAGCACCUUUGAAAUGGGCCAUCUUGGGCAAAGUCCUCUUUCCUGCUCUCUUCUGCCAUUUCAAUACCCCCCCAUACUCACAUCCAUAAAAAUGACCAAGUGCCACUUCCCUUGCCAGGACUGUUAUCAUUGCUAUUCUUUUGUUGUUUCCUUGUGUGAUUUCCAGUUCUAUAUAUGUUAGUUGUUUUGAGCUAAUGAUGGAUAGAAUGCCCACUCAAAGAAAAAUAAACAGAUGAAAAUGUUCACAUUGAAAUAAGACUGUUUUAUCCCC